AUGUCAGGGCUCCCACCCCCUACCUCCUCACUCCCUCUCUACAAUGUCCACGAAUCCUCCCGGAAGACCCCUUCCCCUUAUCGCACGAGUUCCAUUGCAUCCUCAUCGGCCACAUCUACAUAUUCGAAACUCAGCCCGCAGGAGGUAGCUGACCGCUUGUCCACCUCGCUCAUCCAUGGCCUAUCCCCAUCGGACGCUGAAGCUCGAUUGCUGCAUGAUGGUCCCAACGAGCUAGCUUCAGAAGACCCAGAACCCCUCUGGUUACGGUUUCUGAAGCAGUUCAAGGAACCGUUGAUAUUGCUGCUGCUGGCUUCUGCAGCCAUUUCCUUCUUCAUAAGCAACUACGAUGACGCAAUCAGCAUUACGCUUGCAGUUACAAUUGUUGUGAGUGUCGGGUUCGUUCAGGAAUAUAGGUCAGAAAAAUCACUGGAGGCAUUGAAUAAGAUGGUACCACAUUAUGCUCAUUUGAUUCGCAAUGUGCCUCACCGUGAUUUCGUCGCAUAUACUACGCCGCAAAGGGCAAGCAACGUCCAUGAGUUGGAGCUGCAGGGGUUGACAAUGAAUGGUACGCCGCAUCCGGUUUCAUCGGCAGAAAAGUCUUCUACAACGGUCUUGGCGGGUCAAUUGGUCCCUGGCGAUUUGGUUUUGUUCUCUACUGGUGAUCGGAUUCCUGCAGAUCUUCGUAUCACAAGCGCAGCCGGUCUUUCCAUCGAUGAAUCUAACCUGACGGGAGAAAAUGAACCUGUCGUCAAAUCUCCAGAGCCGCUGGGAAAUCUACAAAGCGGUCUUCAACCGCCAAAGGAAAAUCUUCGACCCGGCUCUCCUCACUACGAUUCACCAGCUGCUGGAACGGUUGGGACUGAUCUUCGGUUGAAUGAACAACAUAACAUUGCUUUUAUGGGUACACUGGUACGGUCCGGCUAUGGUCAAGGCAUUGUUAUUGCCACUGGGUCUAAUACAGAGUUUGGAAGCAUAUCUGCUUCUCUUCGAGAAAUCGAAAGCCCCCGAACUCCACUUCAGCUCUCAAUGGACCGCCUAGGUCAAGAGCUGAGCUACAUGUCAUUUGCCGUCAUUGGAUUAAUCGUGCUUAUUGGGCUCUUACAGGGCAGAAAUGUGUUGGAUAUGUUCACCAUUGGCGUGUCUUUGGCUGUUGCUGCUAUCCCAGAGGGCCUUCCCAUCAUCGUGACUGUCACACUAGCUCUAGGCGUGUUUCGAAUGGCCAACAGGGGUGCAAUAGUCCGAAGACUACCCAGUGUGGAAACGCUAGGUUCCGUCAAUGUUGUCUGCAGUGAUAAAACGGGCACCUUAACUCUUAACCACAUGACUGUUACAAAAAUGUGGCACUUUGAUUCUGACGCUCCUUUCGAGAUAAACAAAGAUAGCAAGUCGGUGAAUUCCAGUGCUGCGGCGCGAACUAUCCUUCGUGUCGGUAAUAUUGCCAAUAAUGCUCGACUGUCGCGUGCGCAUGCCAAUUCCCCGGCCACUGCUGCCUCAGCAGCAAUAUUAUCGUCGACCGUGGACCAGUCCUCUGGUGCAAUUAGAAGUCGAUGGGUCGGCCAACCGACUGAUGUCGCCAUUUUAGAUUUAUUAGAUAUGUUCGCUGAAGAUGAUAUUCGGGACCGGAUUAGUGCGCGGGUUGCAGAAACUCCUUUCAGCUCUGAGCGAAAAUGGAUGGGCGUGAUCAUUGGCCACAGCAGCCCUCAGUCAGAAAAUGGGUUUGGGAACGGAAACGGUUCCGAAGUUGCGUAUAUUAAAGGUUCUAUAGAGGAAGUUCUCAAACGUUGUGAUACAUAUUUAACUAAAGACGGUCGAGAGGUAAUUUUGGACGAAGCUCGACGCCAAGAAGCGAAGCAAGCAGCUGAAUCAAUGGCAUCGGAAGGUCUGAGGGUUCUUGGUUUCGCGAGUGGUCCGGUUCGAGAUGUAGGGAAAAGUGGUUGUCCAUUUGGCAGUCAAACCGCAAUGCCUGGACUUCUAGAAAAAGCAAGGCCGGUUCGAAACAAUCAAGCAAUUGACGACGCAGUUUACACUGGCCUCGUGUUCUCCGGGCUUGUCGGGAUGAACGAUCCACCCCGGAAGGAUAUCCACAAAGCUAUCCACAGACUCAUGGCGGGUGGAGUCAGAGUCAUUAUGAUUACUGGGGAUGCGGAGACAACGGCUGUAGCUAUUGCAAGGAAACUUGGAAUGCCCGUUAAUCCCUGUCCACAAGUGGGAGAGGUUCUCAGAGGAGAAGACAUUGAGCAUAUGACCACUUCUGAAUUGGCCCAAACCAUUUCCAGGACUUCCAUAUUCGCAAGGACCAGUCCAGACCACAAGAUGAAAAUUGUUCGAGCACUUCAGUCGCGAGGGGAUGUUGUUGCAAUGACAGGUGACGGAGUCAAUGAUGCACCUGCCCUGAAGAAAGCGGAUAUUGGAAUCUCCAUGGGUCUAUUGGGUACAGAUGUCGCCAAGGAAGCUGCAGAUAUGAUUCUGACAGAUGACGAUUUCUCAACGAUUCUAAGGGCGAUUGAGCACGGCAAGGGCAUAUUUUAUAAUAUUCAGAAUUUCAUCACAUUCCAGCUAAGUACCAGUGUUGCGGCGUUGAGUCUUGUGCUAUUCAGUACAAUGCUGGGAUUCAAAAACCCGCUAAAUGCAAUGCAAAUAUUAUGGAUCAAUAUUCUUAUGGAUGGUCCACCCGCCCAAUCCCUCGGUGUCGAACCCGUCGAUCCCUCUAUCAUGAGUCGACCUCCACGCCCCAAACAUGCCCGCGUGCUCACCAAACCCCUCAUCCGCCGCGUCCUGACCUCAGCCAUGCUAAUAAUGCUCGGCACAUUCGCCAUCUACGUGCACCAAAUGUCCGACCACACCGACGAAAUCUCCGGCGCACACUCACGCGUCGUCACCAGCCGCGACACAACAAUGACAUUCACCUGCUUCGUGCUGUUCGACAUGUUCAACGCGCUAACGUGUCGGUCGGAAGCGAAGUCGAUCCUGCGCGGCGAGUUGCCACUUUUUGGAAACAAGAUGUUCAAUUAUGCUGUGUUCGGGUCGCUGGUUGCGCAGGCAUGCGUUAUCUACUUGCCGAUGUUGCAGGGGAUAUUCCAAACGGAGGCGAUUGGAUUUUGGGAUCUGUGUAUUCUGGUUUGCACUUCUAGUACGGUGUUUUGGGUUGAUGAGGGGAGGAAGUUUUUGGAUUGGCAGAAGAGGAAUAGAGGGGUGGGGAUAACGGGGAUUAGGGUUGGUGGGUACAGUGUUAAUGUAUAA